UCACUUCCAUCCCCAUCACCACCACUACCAUCACCGACACCAUCAUAGUCGGGAGCGAGGGACGGGCGAUGUCUCUGCGCUGGCUGUGCGUGUCCGCCUCCGCCGCUGUCUGCCUCGCUUUGGGGGUGCUCUCCCUCGUCUACUUCAGGCAGAUCAUGCGGCGGGAACUUGAAAAACGUCUGUCCCUGCGGGAGGACGGAGGGGAGACGUUCCGGGCCUGGCAUGAUGUCCCAGUGCCGUUCUACUUGAGCGUCUAUCUCUACCACGUGGACAACCCGGAGGACAUCGUCCAGCGCGGGGACAAGCCACGGGUGACCCAGCGUGGACCCUACACAUACAGAGAAGAGAGACACAAGGUCGAUCUCCGCUUCUACGACCUCCCCGCGGUGUCUUUCCGUGAGCGUCGAGUUUACCAAUUCUGUCCGGAGUUGUCCGUCGGUUCGGAGAGAGACUCCAUCACAACUCUCAAUAUACCAGCACUGGCGGCCGCGAUGCUGUCCGAGCGUCUGUCCCCGCGCCUGCGCUUGGCUGUGUCCUUGCUGCUGUCCGCAGUGGGCGAGGGCUCUGCCGUGGUCUCGCUGGCCGUGGGAGACUUCCUCUGGGGAUACUCCGACCCUCUGGCCCGGGCGCUUCACUCGCUCAGCCCCACGCUGUGGCCCUCGCCGCGGUUUGGACUCCUCGCUGGGUUCAACAACUCUGACUCUGGGGAGUUUGUAGUGGAAACCGGCGUCACGGACAUCAGCCAGGUCCACCGAGUGGUCUCGUGGAACGGCAUGACCAAGCUGCCCUACUGGCGCUCCGCACGCUGCAACCAAAUAUCUGGCACGGCGGGGGAGAUGUGGCCACCUCUGGUGAACCAAAGCCUGCCUCUCACCUUCUUCAGUCCAGACACGUGCAGGACCCUGGAUCUGUGGUUCUCUGAGUGCCGCUGGCCGGGCGGUGUCCCCGUGUGGAGGUUCCGUGUGGACCCGUCGCUCUUCGCCAACGGAUCCUCCUACCCCCCCAACGAGGGCUUCUGUCCCUGCAUUCAGUCGGGGGCGCUCAACCUCAGCUCCUGCCGCUCCGGUGCUCCGGUCUUCGUGUCUCAGCCACAUUUCUUCCAGGGCGAUCCGUCGUUGGUCUCCGCCGUGAUUGGACUCCGACCAGACGCCAAACUCCACGAGACGUUCGUGGACGUUCAUGCGGAAUCUGGUGUCCCAGUCAACGUCUCCAUCCCUCAGAUCAACCUCCACAUACACUCUGUUACAGGCAUAGCGCUGACAGGUCGCAUCAAGCCGGUUUUGUUUCCUCUGAUGUGGUUCUCUGAGUCUGGUCACAUGACCUUGCCGGAGCUGUCCAUGCUCUGGCGAUCUCUGGUGCUCACCCCGCUGGUGGUGGAGGUGGUGAGCAUCCUGCUGGUCCUCACCGGGGCCACGCUCACCCUCGCCCUGCUGCUAACCGCCGCUCACCAGCGCCGGAGCCGCUCACCGCCCGGGGGAGGGGACGGGAAGAGUGCGAGUGAGACAACACCACUGCUGCAGGGCUGAAGGAGACACGGAGAGAGACACGGAGACACGUGGAGACACGGAGACACACGGAGAGACACACGGAUACACGGAGAGAGACACGGAGACACACGGAGAGACACACGGAGACACGGAGAGAGAC